AAUUUAUUUAUUCCGAAGAAAAUAAAGGUGCUAUGAAUCGAGCAAACUCGUACAUCAACGAUGACGCUGAAGAAGAAAUCGUUAUCUCUGGCAUUGCUGGCCGAUUUCCUAACAGCGACAAUCUUAAAGAGCUACAAGAGAAUCUUUUCAAGAAAAUGGAUCUUGGUUCGAACGAUCACGGACGGUGGAAUGAUUGCUUUGACAUGCCUUAUCGAAUCGGUAAGGUCAACAAUAUAAAAAAGUUUGAUGAACAAUUUUUCGAUAUAUCCAUCUCUGAAGCUGAUGUAAUGGAUCCUAUGGCCAGAACGUUAUUGGAGCAUACUUACGAAGCAAUUGUCGAUGCGGGUGUUAAUCCUAAAGAAUUACGGGGAACGAAAGCGGGUGUUUUCACAGCAAUUUCUUCCGAUAUACAAAGUCAUUAUAUCUAUGCUAAAUCCGAUACUUGUAGAAUACCACAUUGGUGCACUAGAGUUUUCGUGGCAAACAGAAUUUCUUACUGGCUUGGCGUUACUGGACCAUCAUACAAUGUCGAUACAGCAUGCAGCUCAAGCCUUUUCGCCAUGAUAGACGCUUAUAGAUAUAUUCGAUCUGGAGAAUGUGAUACUGCUAUUGUCGUUACCGCUAAUCUGUGCCUCCAUCCUCACUUAAAUUACGGAUUUUAUUGUCUUGGGGUGCUGUCUUCUGAUGGUUAUUGUAGGCCUUUUGAUGAAAAAGGCACUGGAUAUAUGCGCAGUGAUUCAGUGGCAGUGGUGUUUUUGCAAAAGGCAAAAAAUGCCAAGAGAAUAUAUGCGACUUUCGUAUAUGGUAAAACAAAUUGUGAUGGCUUUAAAGAAGAAGGUAUCACCUUCCCAUCGUCCAAAAUGCAAACAUUAUUAUUGGAAGAAUUUUACGAAGAAUGUGGAAUAUCGCCUACUGAAUUAUCCUACCUGGAGGCUCAUGCAACCGGUACUAUAGCAGGUGAUCCUACGGAAAUAUUGUCUAUUGAUCAGGCUAUAUGUGCUAAAAGAAACACUCCUUUGUUGAUGGGUUCGAUAAAAUCGAAUAUUGGACACUCCGAACCUUGUAGUGGCAUUUGUCAAAUUGCAAAGAUAUUACUUUCGAUGGAAACUGGCACAAUAUACCCUACUAUACAUUUAAAAGAUCUACGAAAAGAGAUGAUUGCUGUUAUGGAAGGAAGAAUAAAGAUUGUUACUGAACCAACGCCAUGGAAAGGUGGCUAUGUUGGUAUUAAUUCCUUCGGUUUUGGCGGAGCUAAUUGCCAUAUAUUGUUAAAAUCGAAUCCUAAAGAAAAAAUCAGUAAUGGUGCACCAAAUGAUGAUUUACCUAGACUUGUAACCGUGUCUGGAAGUACGGAAGAGGCUGUUAACAUCAUUUUAGAUGACGUGAAAAAUCGACCUGUAGACAUAGAAUACAUAACUCUACUGCAUCAUAUUCAAAAUGAUAAUAUAGAAGGUCACCUUUACAGAGGCUACAUGAUAACUGACAAUGAGUCUAAAACAUCAUACAAUACAAUUAAUAAAGUAGCAUCUAAUUCAUAUAUGAAAAGACCAAUUUGUUUUAUAUUUUCUGGACUAGGAUCUCAGUGGUCUGGAAUGAGUCAAGCUUUAAUGAAAUUUCCAGUGUUUGCGAAGGCAGUCCACAAGUGUGAUGUGGCGUUGAGACCUUAUGGUAUAUUUCUUACAAAUAUUUUAACAAGUGCAAAUGAGAGUAUUUUCGACAAUAUCAUUAAUUUACUUUUAGCUCUCGUUGGUCUGCAGAUUGGAAUGGUCGAUCUUUUAACAUCCAUUGGUAUCAUUCCCGACUUUAUAAUCGGUCAUUCCAUUGGUGAAUUACUCUGUGGAUAUGCCGAUGGAUGUUGGACAACUGAAGAAACAAUUGUGUCGGCAUAUUUCAUUGGUUUAGCACUUCUUGAAUCGAAUAUAAUUAAUGGUUCCAUGGCUGAAAUUAAUAUCAAUCUUGAAACCUUGAAAGAUAUGCGUCCUUCCGAUAUUGAUGUAGCUUGUUACAAUAGCUCGUCUAAUUUUAUCGUGAGCGGACCAAACGAUUCUAUAAAGGCAUUUCUCGUCAAAUUACGGGCUAAUAAUAUUCAAGUAAAAGAGAUUUCUUGUGGUAAUAUGCCUUUUCAUAGCCGUUACAUCGAGCCUGCUAUAGCUAAAUUCCAAGAAUACUUGAAUCAAAUAUUACCACAAAAAAAGUUUCGUAGUUCGAAGUGGCUAACUACAUCUGCUCACGAGUAUUCCAAUACACUUCUGCCUUUAUGUUCAAAAUAUUAUACAAAUCAUCUGUUAUCCUCGGUAUUAUUCUCAAAGACAAUAUGUUCGAUUCCAAGAGAUACAGUGACGAUUGAAAUAUCUCCUCAGAAUAUUCUUCAACACGUUUUAAAAAAUUACUUGUGCUCUACAGUAACAAAUGUAGCGUUACAUGAACGUAUCGAGGAUCAUAGUAAGACAUUUUUAGAAUCUAUUGGAAAACUUUACAAUGCAGGAUUGCAACCACAGAUUGCAAAUCUCUAUCCGAAAGUAGACUUUCCUGUAAGCCGUGGUACCCCAAUGAUUUCUCCUCUCAUAAGAUGGGACCAUUCUAAAGAUUUAUAUAUUUUCCGAGGUACUGAACAACGUACAAUACAUACAAGAGAAGAAGUUGUCACCAUUGCUAUAACUGAUGAGGAAUUUGCAUAUUUAACGGGCCAUGUCAUUAAUGGAAAAAAUUUGUUUCCGUCUACGGGAUAUCUUUUCCUUCUUUGGGAAAGGAUUAGCACAUUGAGAAAACAAGAAUACAGCGAUGUACCAGUUGUAUUUGAGGACAUUACUUUUCAUCGUGCUACGACACUAUCAAAAUAUAAUAAAGUCGAAUUGAAUAUUUCGAUACAGAAAGAUAGCAAUAGGUUCGAAAUAACCGAAGGAGAUAGUAUUGUUGUUACUGGAAUAGUACGAGUACCAACCAAUAUUGAAAAUGAGAAGAUAUCUGCUAAUUUUGCUGAAUUUGUCGAUAGUGAAGAAGAAAUGAAUACCAAAGACAUCUACAAAGAAUUAAAGCUUCGUGGUUAUGAAUAUUCCGGUGAAUUUCGUGGAUUAAAAAGCGCAUCAUUUACAGGAUUCAACGGUCAUAUUGCUUGGACAUAUAAUUGGGUAACAUUUAUAGAUAAUAUGUUACAGAUCAUGAUUUUAGGAAAUCAUACAAGAGAACUUAUGGUUCCAACAAGAAUUCGCAAACUGACAAUCGACUCGAAAUAUCACUUGCAGCUGAUGAAACGUAUUCAUAAUUACCCACGUGAAAAAAGACAUUUCUCCGUUCGUCAUUACAAGUCUCUAAACGCUAUAAUAUGCGGAGGAAUAGAAAUUUGUGACAUUGUGGCUACUCCCAUAUCUCGGCGACAAAAAACUGUUAACACCGUUCUUGAAGAACAUAAAUUCGUUGCUCAUCGUGAUGUAGAAACCAUGUCAUUACAAAAUGCGAUAAGAAUGUCAGUCCACGUUGCACUAGAAUGUUACAGUAAGAUAAAUGUUAAAAUUAUCGAAUUUGUCGAUAAUUCUGAUGAAGUGACACCAGAAGAUUUAAAUUCGCCAAUUGUUAGUGAAGUUUUAAAUAAUUUACCACAGAUUCAACAUCAUACCAAAUUAGUAACGUCCCAUGAGAAACUUCAAAAUAUUUCAUUGCCUAACAUUUCUGUAGUCGAGAUUACUAAGCUCUCCAAAGAUGAAAAUUGUUUGAUGGUCAUAGGCUUCGAUAUUUUGACCAAAAAUGAUAAGGAAUUAUAUAAACAACUAAUAUCUCUAUUAAUGCCACAAGGUUUUAUACUAACUCUCGAAAAGUCUGGUGUGGUCUACGAUUAUUCAUGUCUAAGAAUGUAUGAGGUGGAUAUCAUACUGGAGAAACAAAUAAAUGGAAAAACACUUUUACUACUAAGAAAAACGCAAAAUAUUACGAGCAAUCAGCAAAUUGUACAUGUAAACAAUAAUGAGUUUACAUGGGUAGAUGAACUGAAAUCACUUAUGAGUGUGCAAAACCAGAUUAGUAUAGAUACGAGAAUCAUACUCGUGGCGGAAGAUUUCGAAUGUGGCUUAUUAGGUCUUAUCAAUUGUUUGCGAAAAGAACCAGGGGGUGAAAUAAUUAGAAGUGUGUUUAUUCAAGAUAACAAAGCGCCUACUUUUUCUAUUCAAGAGCCGUUAUACAAGAAACAGCUGCAGGUGGAUCUACCUAUCAAUGUUAUACGUUCCGGUAACGUUUGGGGAUCCUACAGGCACUUUCCAUUACCAUCGUUGGAAUCAAAACUCUUUCAAUAUGCUUGUGUUAAACAGACUACACAAGGAGAUCUGAAUAGUUUCCGCUGGAUGCAGUUUGAUGUACCUUCCCAUAUUAAGCACGAAGAUAUAAUUAAUGUAAUUUAUGCGCCUCUAAAUUUUAAAGAUAUUAUGUUGGCUACUGGAAAAAUAAAAACUACGGCAUUUUCUAUUAAUAUUUCAUCUGAUUUACUCGGCUUGGAAUAUGUUGGAUUUGAUAUGCAUGGACAGAGAAUUAUGGGAAUGU